GUCUGAACUGAAUCGUUCCUUGCAGCGUAGCGUGGAAGAGAAGAGAAACGCUCGAACACUUCACUCACAUUUUCUAGGGUUCCAUUUCGAUCUUCGCAAUGCAGAAGAAGCUAGGAUUCCCAAUCUCCAAGAGCCUCGACCAGUUCAAAUCGCUAUACGGUUCAAUUUCGGCAACACCGAAGCCAUUAUCUUCGCGUCCUUCUGCGGAUUCCGUUUCAUCGGGGAGUUUCGCGAACCUCAAGCUCACCGCAGAGAAAUUGGUGAAAGAGCAAGCUUCGGUGAAGACUGAUCUUGAAAAUGCGAAUGCUAAGCUCAAGAAGUCGCAGGAGUAUGUCCAUGCAUUAGAAGAAAAGUUGCAGAAUGCGUUGAACGAAAAUGCUAAGCUCAAGGUCAAGCAGAAGGAAGAUGAGAAAAUGUGGAAGGGAUUGGAGUCUAAGUUUUCUUCUACUAAGACCUUAUGUGACCAACUUACUGAGACGUUGCAGCAGUUGGCUGGUUUGGUUCAGGACGCCGAAAAAGAUAAGGAAACAUUGGAAUAUAAACUGUCAGCAAGUUCAGAAGCUCUUGAUAGCUUGAAUAAACAGAUGGAUGGUUUGUCUUUGAAGAUUGAUUCUGCACAGGAAGCAAUUAGAUCCCGUGAUAAUGAGCUAGAGAAGCUCAAAUUUGGUACAGAAGAACGGGAGAAAUUUCACAGAGAUGAACAGUGCAGAGUUGCCAAUGUUAUACAAGAGAAGGAUACUAUGAUAAGGAAUUUAGAAGAAAUGUUAACAUCUAGUAGAUUGGCUACAGAGAAUUUGAAUUCAAAGUUGGAAGAGGUUCACCUACAGUUAAAAGUUAAAGAAGAUGAAAUUAUGCAUCACUUAACCAGUCAAGAGAAAUUGGAGAAAGAAAAUAAUGAUCUUCAAUUGUGCAAUGCUGGGCUUGCAGAAAAGCUUGACAUGUCACUUCAGGAAAUCAAAAACCUUGAAGAAUCACUUCAGUCAUUGGCUGCACAUUUGUCAAAUUUAGACAAAGAAAGCCUGAAUCUUUUGACCAAGUUUGAUGAAAUGAAUUUGCUCUAUGCUUCUUGUUUCCAGUUGGUUCAGCAGGAGAGACAAACUUUCUCAAAGCAUGCUCAAUACCAGUAUAGUGAGCUUAAUAAUAAAUUUGUUGUCUUGGAAUUAGAAAAGAAUGCAACUCAAAUGAAAAAUCAUGAGUUAAGCAAAACUGUGGAUGAACUUCAGAAAGUUCAUGAAUCUACUCUAGCCCAGCUUACGGAGGGCUCUCGAUUAGCUGCUGAGAAAAUUCGAAGUUUGGAGUCAGAAGCGGAAACUUUAAUCUCAAAAAAGAAAGAUGCAGAGGUAUUAAUUUUCAAAUUAGAAGAGAAAGCUGAAUUUCUGUUAGAAAGUUCUAGAUCAUCAGAGAACCAAGUGCAAGGUUUACUACUGAAGGUUUCAGCCUUAGAGACUGAAAGCAAAGAAAAUACAGAAAGACUGCAUGCAGAAAUAUCGAAGAAAUCAGAGGAAAUAGAUACUUUGCAAAACGAGAGAAUGAAACUAGAGCAGCAUGCUGAUUCCCUUGAUAAAGAAGUCAUCCAGCUUCAGAAUGCCUUGGAGGAAAAAGAAAAGUGUAUUUUACAUUAUAAGGAACAGGAAAAGAAUCUGGAAGAUCAGAUCACAGAGAAUCUAUCAUUAUUGACUUCUGCUGAAAGCAAACUUUCAGAGGCUAAAAAGAAAUAUGAUCAAAUGGUAGAGAAUAAACAGUUAGAACUAUCAAGGCAUUUGAAAGAAAUAUCUCAGAGAAAUGAUCAGGCUAUUAAUGAUAUUAAGAGGAAGUAUGAGUUGGAGAAGAUGGAAAUUGUGAACAAGGAAAAAGAAAAGGCUGACAAAGCCAUUGCAGAAAUUGAGGGAAAGUGUGGCCAAAAAAUUGAAGAAUGCAAAGAAGAACAAAGGCAGCAGUUGAUGCGCAUUCAAGAUGAACACACGUUGCUCGUUACUCAAAUGAAGCAGGAGCAUGACAAGAGGCAAGCAAGCCUCAUAGCUGAACACAACGAACAGCUAAAGCGUACCCAACUGCAAGCUGAAAAUGAAUUGAGAGAGAAAACAAUGUUUAUGAGGAAUGAUCAUGAAGCUCAGAUUAAAGCAUUGAGGUGUGAACUUGAAGAUGAGUGUCGGAAGCUGGAAGAGGAGUUGCAUCUUCAAAAAUCCAAAGAAGACAGGCAAAGGGCUUUGUUGCAGUUGCAGUGGAAAGUGAUGAGUGACAAGCCCAAAGAGGACCAAGAAGUGAAUUCAAAACAGGUUAACUUGUGUUUCAAUCUAUUUGUCUGUGUCUGUCUUCAAAUGGAUGCCAUAUUUGCUAAUUUUCAUGUUGGGAUACCUUUGGUAGUUUGGUUUGACAUAUUACAUUUAUCAUUUGGUAGGCACAGUUGGGGAAAUGAGAAGACAUUUCUUGUAUACCUAAAUGUGCUUCUUGAUUACUCCAUUUCAUCCAUUAAGAGAAGGAGUUCUUUUGGUGGCAAAAGAAAUCAGCAUGACCUGGACUCUCCUUACAUUGAAGCAACACAAACACCAGUACCAAAGUUGUUGAAAAAAAUGGAGAACGUUAAAACAGGAAGUGCAGUGAGCAUUCCUAAGCAUCAUAGGAAGGUAACUCGUCGUGAAUAUGAAGUUGAGACUUCUAAUGGAAGAACUAUCACAAAGAAAAGAAAAACAAGAAGUACUGUCAUGUUUGAGGCAUGUAUCUGUUUCUCUCUAAAUGCUAGUAACAAUAUAUAAAAAUAUGGA